UCACCCCUCCGGAAGUGCGUGGCUCUGAGGAAAUAUGGCGAACAGAGCAGUUCACUCAACGUUACCAGUGGUAUUUAUUGCUUCUAUCUAUUCUUUUACUUCAUUGUGUUUGUCAGCUUUCGUCGCUUUUGCAGUAUUUGAAACAGUAAACACUGACAAUGUGUUCAGUGCAAGUCACACGGCUACCGUAUCCAUCGCUGCCGCUCGGGAUCUACGGUACCUUUUGUAUGACGUGAAUCCCCCAGAGGGUUUCAAUCUGCGGAGAGAUGUCUAUAUUCGCAUGGCCUCCCUGGUGAAAACUUUGAGGAAGGAGGGGGAUGACUGGGUAUUGGUGCUUCCCCCAUGGGGUCGCCUCUACCACUGGCAGAGCCCCAACAUCCACCAGAUCCGCAUCCCGUGGGGAGAGUUCUUCAGCCUCACUAGCCUGCAGGCCAAUGUGCCUGUCAUUGAGUAUGAGGAAUUCAUCGCAGAGAAUGGUGGCCCAUUCAUAGACCAGGUUCUGGUACUGCAAAACUACGCUGAGGGAUGGACUGAUGGGAAAUGGGAGGAAAAAGUUGAUGAGCGGCCGUGCAUUGAGAAGCUGAUGUACUCCAAAGAUAAACAGGGGUACUACAGGGGCUGGUUUUGGGGCUACGAGGAGACGAGAGCUCGAAAUGUAACAUGUAUAUCAGCCCAAGGCCAUGCCUCCAUCAUGGCCCCAGUUCUUCAGAAAAACAUCACAGUGACAUCAGUUAUGCUUGACCGAGCAGAGACGCUCCUCCAUGAUCACUAUGCUGGGAAGGAUUACUGGGAUACCCGAAGGAGUAUGGUUUUUUCCAAGCACCUGCGACUCAUUGGAGAUGACUUCAGAGCAAAGUACCUGAACUCUACAGAUGACAGAGACCAGACCAUUUACAGUGAGGACUGGACUCGCAUGAAAGCCAAGCUGGGCUCAGCUAAAGGUGGUCCAUAUCUGGGGGUCCACCUGCGCAGGAAGGACUUUAUCUGGGGUCACAGAGAGGACGUACCCAGCCUUAAGGGGGCCGUCAAAAAAAUGCGCAGCUUGAUGAAGAAGCACAAACUGGACAAUGUGUUUGUUGCGACAGAUGCAGAUGGGGAAGAAUUGAAGGAGCUGAAAAGGUUGUUGCCAGAAAUGGUGCGGUUUGAGCCGUCCACACAGGACCUGGAGCUCCUUAAAGAUGGAGGGGUGGCCAUCAUUGACCAGUGGAUAUGUGCCCAUGCGAGAUUCUUCAUAGGAACAUCAGUGUCCACCUUCUCUUUCCGGAUCCAUGAAGAGAGGGAGAUCCUGGGUUUUGACCCCAAAACUACAUACAAUCGUUUCUGUGGGGACACUGAGAAAGAAUGUGAACAGCCCACGCACUGGAAAAUUGUUUACUGAUGUGACCUCUGACUUUCUUGACACACUCAAGUGCCAAACCCAGUGUUAAAAGUGUUAUUUGUAUGGAAUAUACAAGAUAUUUGAAGUGUUUUAUGGUGUAUUUUUUACUUUUUAUGGUUUCAGAGUUGUGCAAUCAGGUCUGUAGUGACCUCUGUGACUGAACCUUAUGCUCAAAAGGCCGAGACUGGUCUGCCAACCUGUAACAGUCAACAAGUAGACGGGCAAAUAUUUUGUAUGUCGUAUGUUGAAUGUGGAUCCUUCAUGACAGUCUGGUAUUUUACACAAUUUCUGAUAUUUAUGACCAACACCAGCACCACUGGUGAGAAGAAGUGUCCUAUAAUGACUGCUACAGACCGUGUUGUAUGAGAGUAUUCUCAGUUUACCGUUUUGUGAGAUUCAAUAACGCUGAGCACCUAAACUUGACCCCACACAAGUAUGAAGUAUUAAGCAUUCAGGAAUCAUGAACAUAAUAUGAGAUUAUGCAUUUUUUUCGUUAAAGGUACCCUGUAGAGUUUUCUUAUAAACAAGUAAAUAUGUGCUUACAUUCAGUGUUUCUUACCAAAAAAGCGCUGUGUGCUAACCCUUCGGCCUAAUUCAUGUUCGCUAGCAGUCCUCUUCUUCACCGCCUUUCAUGAGCGCGUGGCUUCAUUUCUUAAUGUGUUGCUGUAGAUCAGUGGAUUAGCAUCAAACUGGUGUGAGGGAAAUGCAUUGCGAUGCCGCGCUCUAGUGCACAUGCCUGUACGUCCUUGUGCCUUUGCACAAAAUCCAAACAAAAAUGGGAUGCCCUCACAAAAUCACAGCUCCAUCGUACAGCUAGGGGUCAAAAGCUCCACAGGGUACCUUAAGAAUAGAAGGCCAGACAGAUCCUAAUGAUUCCCAGCUCAUGAUUUAUUAAAAGGAGGUGUAUUUCUCCUCUGCUUCCACUGUAUUUCAGUAUUUGUGUGGAAUCACUUUCCUCCCUUAUUUCAUAUUUUUAUGCAGUGCCAGUAUUAACAUUUGUUACAUGGGAUUACAUUAAGAAUGCUUAAACCCUUCAGCCUUUUCUUUUUAAACCACAGACCAGACUGUAUAUUUGGCGUAGUGCUGCUGCUGCUGAUACUACCAAUGAAAGAAAUUGAGCCACUGUGUCUUGUCAACGCUAGCCAGCCAUGAAGCUGUUAUCAUAUGUGACGCCCUGUUUUUCCAUUCCUGAGCAUGCACACGUUUUGAUUAAAAUU